GUUGAUUGACAAGGUUGAACACAAUGCUAUAAGGGCAGUGUGUCUACUUGCUAUAUACAUGAGCAGAGGAUUGCUCAGAUUGCUUGGAUUGCUUGGUACUGAGUAUACUGAUUGUACCAAGUAUACUGCUUGUGUUGAGUAUACUGACUGUAACGCCUACGACCAAAAGCACCCCAAUAGUGGUGUGAUUCCUACAGGUUGCCGCACACUGCUCCUUUUCGGUUGCAAACUGCAUCCUUGUCACCUGGACAAGGGUAGUUCCAAUUCCCCUCCAAACUGUGUACUUAAUCAGUUUGGCACAGUCGUUAGAUAGAGCAGUUUUUCUGUAUCCUUUUGUACAAGACCUAUAGGUGUAGGGAAUUCAAUCCUAGUGUUCUCAAUGUCCCAGCACUCCCAUAUGCCUCGUAGUGGACUCACACUUACUUUGGACAUCUUCCCUACUGGCCUGCGUCGUUACACUGACCAUGCCAAGUAUACUGCUUGUACUGAGUAUACUGAUUGUACCAAGUAUACCACUUGUGCCAAGUGUUGCCAAUGCAGCCCACUGCUCAGGUCGCUUGAGUUGCUCCACUGAGAGUGAUGAUCAUACUGAGUAUUGCCAACGCGGCCCACUGCUCAAGUCAAUUGAUACUACAGUUCCUUGGCUCCUCUCAUAUCAUUGCGUAGUCCUGUUUGUUCAGUGUUGUUGCGGGUUGUCCUUUGAUUGUAACAGAAACACCUCCAUUUAGGCGGUCAAGGG